GACUUAGACUUCAGCAACUAUUGCGCAUCUAGCUGAGGAUAAGAUAUGUCAAAUAUUAGUAACUAGAUGAGCACAAGAGCAUUCUUCAGCAUAAUAUCCAUGACUCUUUAUUUUUUAUGAUGAAAGCGAUAUGCCUUUACAGAGACCCCUCAGACGACAUCGCCUGCCUACGUAUUACCCCGCCGCAACACUGCAUGUUGUUGGUCGUGUAUACGUUCAUGAAGAUGUGGGAAUAAAGUCGGUAUUGAUGGACCGAACCCUGGUCCCAACACUUACUUCGCCAUUGACUUAUUAAGAUGCCUAAAAUCCCUAGAAUCUAACCUGUUCACAAUUACCAAAUUCUGAUACGAUCAUCUACCCAACUUACUACGGCAAGCAAUGAUGUUAACAUUAGACCUCCUCGUCACCUUCUUCAACCGCGACAAGGCCGCCACAGCUGAGCCGGGAGAAGAGUCACAGACAUUCUCGGCGAGGUGUCACUGCGGGAACGUACAAUACUCGGUCGUCCUCCCAGCUUCGAGUCUCCCAUUGGACGCAUACAUCUGUUCAUGCACAUUAUGCCGCUACUCGCACGGCACGUUCGGCAGCUUCCACGUCUCGCUGACGCAGGGCGUGGCGCCGGAGUGGACCAACGGUACGAUUAACCUGUCCGUAUACAAGAGCCAGAACAGCGGUCCCGGCGGCCACGGACAGCGUUGGUUCUGUCCUACUUGCGGAACACAUAAUGGGCACUACGAGCCCUGGGCCAUGCAGUGGAUCGCGGACAUCGCGCUUUUUGACGAGCCGAGCUUCUGGGAGAUGAAGGGCUUUGCGUUUCCAAAGUCCCCCGGGGACGGUGGCUUAAUGACCUGGAUUUCGAGCCCCGUUAGUAAGGGCUUAAGGCUACUCACCGCGGACCGUGAUAUCGCGCCCGAUAAUAAGCUCGAAAUGGGUGAGGAUGGCGAAGAGAGACUGCGCGCGGAGUGUCAGUGCGGCGGGGUUUCUUUCACGAUUGGAAGGCCGUCGGAUGUAGUAAGGAACGAUAAGUUUAUGAGCCGAUCCAUCGCGCCGGGAGACCCGCAGAAGUGGAAAGCGUAUCUCGAUUUCGAUAAAGAGACUCGGCGGCUCUCCAGCGCUUAUUUCAUGCCUUGGGCUUUAGUCCCGCGGAUCUCGCUAGAACCGGAGGUGCCGCCGAAUCUGCUCAUCGGGACGAUGAAGACGUAUAAGGCGUCAGAGAAAAUCACGAAGGGAUUCUGCGGACGCUGUGGUGCCACGGUGUUCCUCCAGAGUAAGGAUAGGAACCCCUCGGAACAGAGCGAGGUGCUUGGUAUUGCAGCAGGUCUCUUGAGAGCGCCGGAGGGAGCAAAGGCAACGAAUUGGGUUAAAUGGAGGGCGGUGCCUGAACGAGAAAUAGAAAAGAUGACGGAAUUCGAUGCCGAGUUUAUGAAUGCUAUUGUAGAAGGCCAGAGGGCGUGGGCAGUAGAGAAGUAUGGAGAAGCGCAGGAGUUUGAGGUCAUAUAGCAAUGUGAUAGGUAUACACUAAUCCGUAUAUAAGACAUAAAUAAUUAGACCUAACUAAGUUAUUUAUUAAGCAAGUUAUAGACUUGCAGUUUCUGCCA